AUGCUAUCUCACCUAGUCACUGCGGCUAAGGGUCUAUUUACGCGAUCGGAAUCUCAGCAAAAUUUCGAAGAUCCUGCUGGCGCCCCCGCCACAACUACAUCGGAAAUGGUGACCUCCACUCGACGAUCGACCGCUUCGGCCAAAGAUACUCCAAAAGAGCCAAAGGUUGCCCUGAAACAAGGAAAGCGCAAGGCCCCGACCGACAAGCAGUCAACCAAGCGGCAAAAGCGGAGUAGCCUAGAGGCGGCUGCGGAGAGUGAUGAUGAGGAGACAGGAUCCUCCAAUACAGAGGAGAAGAAGUCAGCUGAAUCAUCUGAACCCAAGGGUCAUUUCCGAUUUGGCAGCGAGGAACCUGCUUUCCCGGAGACCCAGCCUGAACAAAUCGAGGCACCCAACGACGAUGAAGACGAUGACAGUAGCGACGACGAUGAUGAUGAUGCACCCGAGACAAUUGAUAAUUCUGCCCAGCUUCUGCAAAUGAAGGAGAAGGCAAAGAAGCAAGAACAAGCCAAGCAAUUAGAGGAACAACUAAAGAAGGACAAACGGAGGAAACUCGAUGAGCGCCGCAAGCUGCAAGCCAAGUCAAAGGCCAAGGAAGCCCCUCCUAGCGACGACCUACUUUCCGAAAGCACAGCCACCCUUCAGGGCUCAAACACACAGGACGCUCGCCGGAGUGCUCUGCCUGCAUUGCUUCCCGAUGACAUCUUGAAUGCCGAGCCCGUUGCCCGCGCCCUGACACCACCGACAGAAGAAUCAUUUGCACCAAAGAAGCCGACUAAGUUGCGGUUCUUGGAGAAGACAGAAAAGGCCCCGAAGGAUGUGCAAGUGGGCGAUGUUACCAUUCGAGUGCUUGAUGCGCCCUCUGUGAAGCGAAAGGCAUCAACAUCCCUAGCCCCCAAGAGCUCCAAGGCCGCGCGAAAUGUUAAAGAUGCCUGGUUGAAGGGAAAGAGAAGCGUCGGACACGUCAAUGGGCUGCGCAGGACAGCAGGUGGUUCUACCGGGUUUGUCCGCCGGUAA